CGCCACAGAAUUGAGCCCAUGGAUAGGCCGAAAUUCACGAUUGGACCCUUCAACGACUCCAAAGACAAACUCGUCAAAUCUUCCAACGGUGUAUAGAAAUAUCCGGCGAGUCACAAACCCAAAAUAUGCACUCACCUCAUCGCUCUACGCUCUCCCAACCAGCCGCGACGCACUUCCGGAAAGCCGCCGUUCCCUUUCAUACCUCAUUCUCUUUCCAUUUUCAUCGAUUUCACACGCCCAAUUUCGUCUCCGUUUUCCUGAAAUUGAAUCGUGGCUGAUAGUGCAAAUUCCGGCAGAACCUAUGUCUCUUGACGACAAACUAUCCUCACCUCACAGGAGGUCACAGACUGUGUUUUCAGUCUCACCGUCGUAUAAAAAAUUAUAUGCCCGAGGCGAUGAAUUAGGGAGCAGCUGGUUGGCAAUGCUUCAACGCCACCGGUUCCUUCUAACUUCUAUGAGCUUGCUAGCUAUUCUUUGCACCAUCUAUCUCUACUUCGCCAUCACUCUUGGCGAGAGUAGCUCCUGCUUCGGGUUGAAGGGCACUGAGAAAGCAGCUUGUCUUUUGAAAAGCGGAGGAGCUGCUCUGGCAAAAGGGAAAUUGAAGAUUUGAAGUUCUAGCAUGGUGAUGGCUGUCUAAUCUUGUGGAUUCACUUACCGUUGUUUUUUUUUUUUAAUAUUCUUUGAAAGGCUUACAGAGUUACAGCUCGAUGUAGUACUCCCAAAUCAUUUUGGGUUAUCUGAGGCUUGUUAAGGUUGGUAGUUUUGGUUGUACAUGUUAGUGCAUGGACACUGUUUCUGACGUAUAUGUUUUUCGGUGCAAUUGAAGCAAAAUUUUCUUGACCA